AUGCAAUUUGUGCCUCUAGAAUUGAAUAGAUCCACUCUAAGUGGGAUAUCUGGGUCCAUCUCCAUCUCAUGCUGGAUCAUUGUGUUUGUCCCUCAGAUUUAUGAGAACUUUUACCGAAAGUCGUCCGAUGGUCUGUCUCUACUAUUCGUGAUACUUUGGCUGGCCGGUGACGUCUUCAAUCUUAUGGGUGCCGUUAUGCAACGUCUUUUGUCUACCAUGAUCAUUCUUGCCGCGUACUAUACGGUGGCAGAUAUCAUUUUACUUGGUCAAUGUCUUUGGUACGAUAAUGAGGAAAAACCAGCAGUGGACCCUAUUCAUCUCUCUCCAGCCAACCCAAUAAAUGAAAACGUUCUGCACGAUGUGUUCAACGAACAACAACCGCUUUUGAAUUCCCAAGGUCAGCCAAACCGUAUUGAUGAGGAAAUGGCUGCUCCUUCAUCCGCCGGAGACGUUAGUAAUGAUAACUUACGUGAAGUCAAUUCAAGAAAUUUGAUAAAAGACAUAUGUAUUGUCUCAGGCGUAGUUUUUGUAGGUGUCAUAUCGUGGUAUAUAACCUAUUGCCUAAACUACACGGAACCUCCUCCAGUGGAGGAUCCAUCGCUGCCUGUUCCCGAACUGCAAAUCAAUUGGAUGGCUCAGAUAUUUGGUUACUUAAGUGCUCUUUUGUAUCUGGGUUCAAGAAUUCCUCAAAUAUUACUGAACUAUAAAAGAAAGUCUUGUGAAGGUAUCAGUUUCCUAUUCUUUUUGUUUGCCUGUUUGGGUAAUACCACAUUUAUUUUCUCCGUUGUUGUCAUUUCUUUAGACUGGAAGUAUCUAAUAUUGAACGCUUCCUGGUUGGUUGGGAGUAUAGGUACUUUAUUCAUGGAUUUCGUCAUAUUUUCCCAGUUUUUCAUUUACAAAAGAAACAAAAAAUUUAUACUGAAUUAA